UUUUCGCACUUCACGGAUGAGGAAAUAGGAGGUUAAGCCGCUCACCCCAGUCCAUAUGCCCAGGAAGGGGCAAAGCAGAGAUUUAACUAGACCUUGGAUUCUUACCCAUCGUUGAUCUAUGACCUGGAAGGGAUUAAUUUUCCCUUAACCAUAACUCUUCAGUGUAGAGUCCGCAGGAUGAGGUCGUCUUAUCACCAUCGUCCUUUAUCCAAAGAUACAGCCGAGAGGGCAAUAUGGUUCCCUGGCAAUAUGCUCAGAUAGGUGUGCUCUAACAGGUGUGUUCCAGACAAAGCCUCUUAUAGAGGGUCUCUUCACAGACGUUUUCAUUCACAGAUGGCCCUUGCAGGUGCCCUGCAACAUAGGGGGAUACAGGUAUUUUCCCACGGAGAUGUCCCAAACAAACGGUUUCUCACAGGUGCAUCCUUGACAGAUGGACCUCAGUACACACGAGCCCCGCUUAGAUGUGCUUCUGUUAGAGUGCCCCACGCAGGCGUGCUCAGAUCUCCCUCUCACGUGAGCUCAGUUCUACGCAGCUGUCCCUCCUGCAAGGUUGUUUCCUCCACCUCAUAGGUAUGUGUCUCAACAGGUAUUCCUCCACCCAGGAAUGCGUUACACAGCCUCCGCCACCACAGGUGUAUUCCAUUUAAAUAUCCAUCCAUAUGAAGCUUUUUCAUAUAACGGUGUCCCCUACAGGCGCACUUCAAUGCAGGUGUGUCUUGUACAGGUGUUUCUAAUGUCUUUCCACACGGCAAUUCCUCCUGCAAGUCUUGUUCAUUUCAUAGGUGAGCCAUGCAGAUGCAUUCCCAAAACAGAUGUGCCCCGCGCCACAGUGCCUCAGCCAGGUGUUUAACAUGCAGGUGUGUUCUCUACAGCUGUUUUCCCCACAGGUAGGCUUCCAUUCAGCUAUACUCCAGAUAGAUGUGUUUCAAGGCAGAUGUGUCCCUCGGCGUUCUUACAGAUCCGUGCAGAUGUCUUCCUUACACCUUAGCUCUCAUGCAGGUGUGUGCCACAUAGGUGUUUUUUCCUUAGAGGCUCCCCAUCCCGGUCUGCCCAAGACAGGAGUGCUUCACACACCGAUGUUUCCAUGCCCUGUGUGUUUCCACACCUGGACAAUUCUACAGGUGUACCUGCAGUGCAGGUGAGAGGCCCCUUUUACACCUGCGCGCUUACACUUCUUUUUAUGCCUUCGGAUUGUAGGAUUGGGUUCCCGUUACAGGUGCGUCCGCGGCGCGGCUCCGCCCCCUCUAGGCCCCGCCCUCUCACUAGGCUCAGGUGCAGAAGCCGGAAGUGCGCUCCCCUCCCAGCUCCCAGGUGCGGGGUCGAAGGUACCCCCAGCCGGAGAUGCGGUAGGAGCGGCCCCCGCGACAAGCCCCUUCCCUGUGCCACCAGCCUGUCACCCGGCCCAUGGCGAGCCCGAGCCUGGAGCCGCUUCUGGCGCUCGGCCUGCCACUGCUGCUGGCCCGCUGGGGCCGGGUCGGGGGGCAAGUUUCUACGACCUCCACAAGUGUGAACACCACCACUACUCCCUCUGGCCCCAGCCCUGGUUCCAAUGGAGGCCUGUCACAGGAGGCCACCACCGCCAUCAUCGUGGUUUUCUCUCUCCUGGCUGCCGUGCUCCUGGCUGUGGGUCUGGCCCUGCUGGUUCGGAAGCUACGGGAGAAGAGGCAAACGGAGGGCACCUACCGGCCCAGCAGUGAGGAGCAGUUCUCCCACGCAGCUGAGGCCCGGCCUCCCCAGGACUCCAAGGAGACGGUGCGGGGCUGCCUGCCCAUCUAGGUCCCCUUCUUCUACCCAUCACCCUUCCUGGUUGUGUGACCUUGGGGGAAGGCAGAGCCCUCUCUGGGCAAUCAAACCCACCCAGUGCUUAACAAUAGACAGGAAGAAGGUGCUUCUAA